GAGCAGUGUGAACAUAAUUAAAUAGAAUAAAUCAUAAUCGAGCAGUGUGAACAUUAAUAUAAUUCUUCAAUAUUUAAUGACAAGGUAAUAUAGUUAAAACAUAACAACAAUCCAUUUUGCAGCAGCUUUGUAUUCACACAAAUCAAUGGCAGAAGCAAGUGAAAGGGUUGCACUUGUGACAGGAGCAAACAGGGGAAUUGGAUUUGCAAUAUGCAAGCAAUUGGUUUCUAAUGGUAUCAAAGUGGUGCUGGCAGCAAGAGAUGAGAAGAGAGGUCUUGAAGCUGUUGAUAAAUUGAAGGAUCUUGCACUUCCUGGCCAUGUGGUUUUCCAUCAACUUGAUGUCAUAGAUCCUACAAGUAUUGGAUCUUUUGCAGAUUUCCUCAAAAAUCAAUUUGGUAAACUUGAUAUCUUGGUAAACAAUGCUGGAAUUGUAGGAGCACAAGUGGAUGGUGAAGCUUUGGCUGCUCUUGGUGUUGUGGUAGAUCCUAGCAAAGUUGACUGGACUAAAAUAUAUUUUGAAAACUAUGAAUUAGUUGAGAAAGGCCUAAGAACAAACUAUUUUGGAACCAAAGAAUUAACUAGAAUUCUGAUUCCCCUUCUUCAGUGUUCAAGCUCGCCAAAAAUUGUCAAUGUUUCUUCCUCUAUUGGAAGGUUGGAGAUUUUGGCAAAUGGACGACCUAAAGAAAUACUAAGUGAUGUCGAAAAUCUUACCGAAGAAAAGAUUGAUGAAAUCAUGAAUGAAUUUCUAAAGGAUUAUAAGGAGGGUUCACAUGAAACCAAAGGUUGGCCUCAAUCAAAUUCUGCAUACAUUGUUUCAAAAGUUGCUCUUAACGCCUACACAAGAGUUCUUGCCAAGAAGUACCCUUCUUUUUCGAUAAAUGCUAUUUCCCCUGGUUUUGUGAAAACUGAUAUGACUCAUGGUAAUGGUGCUCUAACAUCUGAUGAAGGUGCUGAACCUAUUGUGAAAUUGGCACUACAAGAUGGUAGUCCUUCUGGUCUCUUUUUCUCUCGAGGCGAAGAGAAAUCAUUUUGAUCGACGAUUAAUUUCAGCUUGGAAAUAAAAUAUUUGUCUAAACCAGUCGUGUUUUAAACUAGUUUUUAUGCUAUAAACAAUGAUGUUCAUUCUAAUGUUAAACUUUAUUUACAUUCUUCUUAUUAAAUGGGAUUGGAAUAA